GAACACUGAUACGCACAAAAAAGCUCGGACUUGUCAGGUUUUUAUUUUCGACCGGUUUUUGCCUUUUUACUUUUAGUACGGUCCAACCGAAAGACGCGCGCGCUUGCCGUUGCUUUGCGUUACGACGCCUGCUUGAUCAAGUCCCAUUUUUAUUAGGAAAGAUUCAUCAUGAUGCUGGAAUUUAACAAGUGCUGUUUCUGCGUGCCGCUGAGGAUCGGCUGCUUGAUCCUCGGCUACUUACAUCUGGUGGCGUCGGCAAUCCUCGCGAUCCUCUCAAUCAUAACUCUGGCAGCCGUGAGUGCUGUGAUGUCGGGAUGGAGCGACGACGGCAAAGUGCAGAUCGACCAGCAAGCCGCGGGCGCGCUGCUCGCCGUCACCGUGAUCAUGCUGCUGCUGGUGCUGGUCUUGCUGACCUUCUCCAUAUUACUGGUCGUUGGCCUACAUAAGGAAAAGAAAAACUAUGUCAAGGCUUACUUGAUAUACUAUUUGGUCUUCAUCGUCCUGUAUGCCAUAGUGUACGUCGUGCGCAUCGCAACCCUGCCUUAUGACCUAGGCUACCUCCUUAGCACUUUGGCCGAGAUAUUGCUCAGCGUGUACUUCUUGCUGGUCAUCCGAAGCCACUGGCUCACCAUGCGCGAAAACAACUUCAACACCGCCUAAAGCGUGCGAACAUCUGAAGUUUGAACCAUUUUUCAAAAUGGCUCAAUACUUAUAAAAUAUUUUUAAUCUAUUUCUCUUUUACAAUGUAAGAACUAAAAACCAGUGGCGGACUAAGGCCUUCGGAGGGGGAGGCAUCACUGAAUGAGGCCCCUGGUUUAUUUUAUGGUGGUUUUUUGGGUUCCGUACCCGAUGGGUGCCAACGAGACCCUAUUACUAAGACUCCGCUGUCAGUCCGUCUGUUUGUAAGCAUCAUGCAAAUCAAAAAGUUUUAUUUCUUGUACGAUGGUUUGAAACCCUUCAUGUAUGAGUCCGACUCGCGAGAGAGAUAACUCAGUUUCUAACUUUUGUAAAGCAGAUCUUAGAUUUAGAAAUGAACAGGAAAUAUGAAUUCAUUCCUCGGCCCACCCUUAGUCCGCCUCUGGUAAGGAGUCCGUUAGAGUUUAGACGAUAGCUUUUGCAUCAUACACAGACUCAUGGAUGAAUAACUAACUGAUCGAGACAUCGUGAUGAACAUUUUUUUUCAAAUAUUAGCUAUGCCAACCAUGACUAAUACUCCCAUUUCCCCCCAAUUCAGGAUAAAGCUUGUACCAGGAGUGGGUACGACAAUAGUGCAACGGGUGGGGUUUGCUGCAGACCUUUCGGAA